UAAAACGUCAAAUCGAAUUCAAUUCAAACAAAAACAAGUUUUGUUUGUUUUGUUGUCUUGUCGUUGUAAGUCGUCGUAAGUAAAAGUCGUUCGAAAGUAUAUUACGAUACUUAUCGUUACAUACAUUAAGUUUGCAUACAUUCUUACUCUAAUAUGAGUUAUAAAAGAACUAGAUCUAGUAUUGGAAGCCAAAUUAAGAAAUUCAAAAAUUGUGAAGAAAACGAGAAAGCUUACUUCCAUGAAACUUUAUUGCAAAGUGGAUUGGCCAUAAAAAGCCCUCCUGAAAAGUGCAUCGCUUCUCAAGAAUCUUUUCAUAUAGUGCGUAACGUGAAAAAGAACUUGGAAAACCAUGUAGACUAUCCACGCAAUGUGACUGACUUUUUCACUAAUCUUGAUAAAGAUUGCCGAGAUCUUAAUAUAUUUAAGCAUUAUUUAUAUCCAAAUAUAAUUAGAAUCAGUGGAGACAGUCCUGAAGAACAUCCUACAAAUGAUAGCGUUUUUAAGGUAUUAUUGAAUGUUCCUAUUCUGCAGAAUAAGCUAGUUGAUUUGAUAUUUGAAAAAGCUAUAGACUUGGCCGCGGAUUGUAAGUGCGGCCCUUGGAUUCAAAUGAUCCUGAAAUGUUUUUCAUCAGUCGAUAAUAUCACAAAUACUGAGAAGGUUUCCACACACCUCAUUAAUUUACUUGAUGUAACAUCAGAGAAAAUGGUUCAACUUGAAAUCAUAACUGCAAUCCCUGGUAUUAUAGGGGACCAGGAGCAUAAUAAUGUUGCUGCUGAGAUGAGUAGAAUAUUAAGUGAGGAUUAUGAUCUUAUUCCUGCUAUUUUGGACUGUGUGUCAUAUCUCUGUUUGUCAGAUGAACAGUAUGAGCAACUCCAGAGGAAAACUUUAAAUAUUCUUGGAAGUUUAACAAAAUGCAGUCAUUUUCCUAGUUUUGUUAAAUUUCUUAUGAUACCAGGAAAAAUGAGUGAUACUGCUUACUUGGACACUGUGCAGGGAUUACGAAAUGCUCUUGGUUGGCCUACAUCAGUGGCAAAACCUCAAGAUAUUGCCUCUAGUCAAGUUCUCACGGCCACAGCAAUAAGGAAUUCAAUGGUUUCAUCAAAAGUUAUAGCUGGGUAUUGGAUGAAAGUAGUAGCUUCCUGCAAAAUUAAGACUGAUCAUAAACCAAUUGACUUCAUAAUACUUUUGAUUUUAACAUCAAUAUCAGAAGAAAAACAAAGACAAGUAGAAAAUGUUAUAAAAAAACAGAUCAAAUUGGAUAUAUUGAAGGAAGAGUUAAUGGAUGAGUGUUUCCAGAAAUUCAAACCUAUUUUGAAACACUAUCUUAGACAUCUGAUCAGUCUUACUAACUCAAUCCUGAAAACUAAAGGAGACCCUAUUGUUGAAUCAUUUGGUUCUCAUAUUUAUACAUUAAUGUUGUCAGAACUUGAUGACAGCUGCCAAACUAUAGUAGCUGAACUCCUUCAAUUGGGAUUAGAUUGUAAACAAUGUGUUUUGAGCAUAUUGCUGAUAUUGAAUAAUGUUGCAUCUAAAGACAUGUCUCUUUUGAAGCCUCAAAGUGUCCAAAUGCUUUCACUACUUGACAGAAUGGAAGAUAUGAAUAUAGCAGAAGUAAGAGCUGUUAUGAAUUUAUUAUGUGGCUUAGCAUAUAGCUAUGAAAACUCAUCUAUAAGGGAUGAUAUACACAUGAUUAUACGUAAAGAAUUGGGGAGUUCAUCUCCUAAAAUAAAAAUUCAAGGAAUAUUAGCAGGCACACAUGCUAUAAAAUAUCUUAUGGCUUGCAGUGACAAUGAUCAUACAACAGAAUUUCCAGAUGAUGUAAGUUAUGGAUCAGUUACUCAUUUAUCUGAAGGAGACCUUCGAGAGGCAGCCCAAAUUAUAGAAUUGAUAAGUCGUAGUACAAGGCAAUUUCCUGAUAUGAUUGCAUUUUUUUAUGAUGAAUUAUCAAAAAUUAUUCAGGCCUCAACAUAUAUUAAUAAACAAUUUUUGGCUUGGCUGACUGAUGCAGUUACAAAUGACUUGCAACAGAAUUUUAUUGUGGACAACAUAGAAAAAGAAAGAGUAGCAGAAUUAAAAUUAUCAAUGCAGUAUUGUUUGAAUGCAGAAAGUGAAAUGGAUGAAGUUAUUGCAAUUAAUAUUGCUGGAUUAGCUUUACUACCAAAUAAUGAAAUUAACAUAGGGAUCUUGUCUCCUCUAUUCCAACUUGUUCAAACUUUACAUUCUAAACAGCAUGAUGGAAAUUUGUCUAAUAUAGAUGCAUUACUGGGAUGUCCCAUUGUUAUGCCAAAGUUUGAUUUUGAUUUAAUUGAAGACAUGGAGCCAACAGCAAUAUCAAUUAUAUUGGAUUGUUUAAUACAUUGUGUUAAUUGGUUUAGAGAAUUGUUAAAUGCCUUUUCUGUACAAAAUGAUGAAGCACUAAGAACAAAAAUUUUAAACAGAGUUUUACAAAUAGAAGAGCUUGAGAUUAUUAUUGGACAAGUCCUUCUUAAAUCUAAAAUACCUUACAAGCCACCUACUUGCACAUUCAACGUAAAUAAGUUCACAGGUGAACACAUAGAAAAAAAACCUGUGAAAAUUCAGACUGUUAAACAAAAAAACCAGAAGAAACCUGCUCAAGAUGAUAAUGUAUUACCUGAAACAGUAAAGUCUCAAGCAACUCAAAAUCAAAAUUCCGUCAAAAGUAGACUUGAUACAUUGUAUAACAUUCCACUUCGUUCUUUAAAUUUAAAUCUACUCCAACUGUUGAAAAUGGAUUUGACUUCUGAUGGAGAUGAACCCGAACUCACAAUAAAAACAUUGAAGUUUGUUUUGAAAUGUGUAAAUAAUAAUUUAGAAACGAUUUUAAUUUCUAAAAUUAAAAGGAAGACUUUUCUUUCUAAACCAGAUGACUGUUUCACCUAUGAUCCCAGUAAAGCUGAAGAAUGUGCUAAGUCUGUAAGUGAAGUACUGCCUAAAGUUUCAGAACAUUUAACAUUUAUUACAUCCAAACUGGACGCGAAGUUGUGUCAAAAUAAUGAAGAUGAAGAGUUUAUAAUAACUAGUGAGAUAUUGGAUUGCAUCACUAGUAUAGAAUUUAUCUAUAACUUUUAUACUAUAUACUUCAAAUGGAUUGGAUUUAGAAACCAUCAUAGUGCAUUAUUGAAAAGUUCUUUGAGGAGUAUAGCUCCAAUCAUAAAUACCAAUACUUUAUCUUUGAAAGAAUUAAUUACAUCUGUUGCAAAAUAUUUUCAAAAACAUGAAAAGUAUUGCUUACAGUUAUCUACUGCUGUUGCAAUAAUAGAUUUGAUUAAGUCUAUUCAGGCAUAUUCUGAUAACAAUACAAUUCUGAAAAUAUUGAAAGAUAUGGCACACAAGUUUUUGUCUGAACAAUGGAAAACCCCAGAUGGUGUUCCUGAAAAAGGAUUGGUGUUCAAUCAAAGUUUAGAUAGAUUGGCUUCAACUUAUUUCUUAAACAAUGAAAUUUUGGCCCUAAAGAAUUUGACCCUACAACUGACUAAUGAUAUAAAGCUUUUGAAGGGUCGAAAUGAUGUUUUGAAUUCUUUUAAAAGUAUGACUAAAAAUAAUUUCGCGAUUUUAUAUAGAAACCUUGGCACAGCUGUGCAUGAAGCCACAAGAGCUCGUUUAAAUAAAGGUUUAUCCAAUUCUGAGCACUUAACUUUAUGGAAAGAUGUAGCUGUUAUUCUGAAACACAUGUCGGAUAUUGCGAAAACCCUUGAAAGUAGAAACAGCUUGUCUGCAUUUUUCAAAAAAUCGCUUCCAAUAUUGAAAUUGUUCAUGUCUCAGGGUAUACCAAUAUUGGAAAUUCAGCUUAAAACUGAAACUGAAGAAGUGUUGGAAAUUUUGAAGAUUUUGCAACAGUCGACGAGAUUCUUGCAAUCUCUUUGUUGCCAUUCAAGACUUAAGAAGGAUACAGUUUUGAUGAGCAAGGUGCCAUACAUGAGAGAGUUACUUGAAACUUUGAUUUACAAGGUCAAAGCUGCUCUGGCUGCAAAUAAUUGUUCAGAAGCUUUCUGGAUGGGAAAUCUCAAGAAUAAGGAUAUACAUGGUGAUAUUAUAGCUACUCAACAGAGUAUAGAGAGUGAGGAGUCCGUUGAUGAUGGAGAUGAACUGUUGCCGGAAGAUGAUGACAGUGAUACUGAUGAUGAAAUGAUCAAUCCCGAUUCUAGGAGUAUCAGUGACAUAGUGUAAGAAAAUAAUAUAACAUAACAUUAUCAAUACA